AUGGUGGUCUCAAUCGCUCGUCUGGCACUUUCCCCUUACAUGACGGGGGCUGCGCUUCUCAUCCUUCGCUAUGGACCGGAUUCUGUUCGAGAAGAGCUUACCCGGUUCCUGGGAAACAACUUGCACCUCCUGAGCACUAGCUUGAAGUGGCUGCUCGCUCUUGGGCUCACCUCCAAGGUCAACAGUCUGCUCAGUCGAUGGGCGGAGAACAAGUGGAUCUGGAAGAACGGCAAGACUGCUUGGAGAUGGGAAAACGAAGUCGCUGUGAUCACUGGAGGCUCCAAUGGCAUCGGUGCCCAUGUCGUCCGGCGUCUGGUAUCAAGGGGUGUCAAGGUUGCUGUGCUUGACAUCCAGCCCUUGAGUAAGGACCUCGAAGACUCGAAGAACAUCCACUACUACAAGUGCGACAUCGCUUCCCGCGAGGCAGUCCAGCAAGCCGCCGAAGCCAUCCGCUCCGAUCUCGGGAACCCAACCAUCCUUAUCAACAACGCAGGCAUGGGAACGCCAGGAACCAUCCUCGACCAAUCAUCCAAGGAUCUCCGCACAAUCUUCGACGUCAACCUGAUCAGCCACUUCUAUACCGUCCAAGAAUUUCUCCCCUCCAUGCUCGCGCAGCGAAAAGGCCACAUCAUAAGCGUCGCCAGCCUCGCCAGCUUCGCCGCCGCCGCAGGAAUGGUCAACUACGCAUGCACCAAAGCGGGCGUGCUCGCCUUCCACGAGGGGCUGAACCAGGAGCUCAAGCAUCGCUUCCAGUGCCCCGAGAUCAAGACCACGGUUGUGCAUCCGGGCUGGACGCGGACGAAUCUGACGGCGCCGUUGGAGGGAAAUAUCAAGAAAGCGGGGAUCGUGAUGUUGGAUUCGGAGGUCGUGGCGGAUGGGAUAGUAGGGCAGAUCUUCAAGGGCGAGUCGGCUCAGAUUAUCUUGCCGGAGAAUAUGAAGAAUGCGACUGGGUUGAGGGGCUGGCCGACUUGGUUGCAGGAGUUGUUAAGGGACAAGUCGAAAGACAUUACUGUUCUUACUCAGUAG